UUAUAACUAAAACAAUGAUUAUAAUUUGUAGGUGUAUGCGCUAUUAUUUAAUAAUAAUAAGAGGAGUUACAUGAGAAUGCUACAAGUCAUUAAAGAUACUUCUCAUAACAAUAAUAUGAAGUUUAAUCCAAGAAACUUUUACAUUGAUGUGGAUUUAAACAUCACGCCUAUUAUUACAGAAAUGUUUGGGUCACAAAAGAUCAUUAAAUUAUCUUUAUACUAUUACUCAAAUGUCAUAUGGCAUAAAGUUAAAAGCUUAGGGCUAUCACAAACUAACAAUUGUAAUAUAGAAAAAACAAUACGUCGUAUGUGUUUACUUGCUUUGAUCCCUCUUGCACAAAUUGAUGAAACUUGGACUAAAAUUAAAGAUGAAGCACCUCAGAACGAAAAUUUAUUGGAACUAAUAAGCUAUAUUACUGACACAUUUAUAACUUCAAAUAGAGGUCUGUUAAAUAAAACUGUAUGGAAUCAUUACGACUCAAACAAUAUAAAAACUAUAAACCACCUAGAGGGAUUUAACGAUUUUAUUGUCAAAGAUAUUAAUAAUUUGAAUCUGAGCGCUAAAAAUUGCAUAAUUAAAUUCAAAAAUAUGCAACAAGACUUUGAGAUGGACAUUACAACUCUAGAAAAAAUUAUUGUAGUUUCAAAGAUUCCCAAAAAAUACAAGACCUUUGAAGCAAAAUUUAACCAUGCAAAAGAACGGCUUGAAAAUGGAAUAAUUUCUGCAAUAGAAUACUUGGAUGAAAUAAUUUAAAAUGUUCAUAAUAUGAUCAUAUUGAAAACAGAAACAGUCCAUAAAGAAGCUUAACUAAAUUAACCCAAGCAGCUUAACCCAAUUUGUCGUUUUAAAGUAUUGUAUAAUUGUAUAAUUGUAGAACAUUGAGGUGCGUGUGUUUGAAGUUAAGCAGUAAUCUGUAUUUUAAAUAUUAUUUUUAACUAAAUGGAUAAAUACUCCAAAAAAUAUGAGUCCAAUAUAGAUCCUAGAGUUUUAACCAUUCAUUCAUACAUUAACAGAUCAAUUCAUCUUAACUGAUAACUUUUUGAAUCUUUUUGAAGUUUUAAAAAUAAUAGAAGAAAUAU